GAGGCGACAACAACCUUUAGCAGCUUUGAAGCUAGCCGGCUAGCGUCCGAGAUGGAGCGCCCCGACCUCCGCUAUGGAGGCUCCCCUUUCGCCGGGGCUUGUUUUUACGGCUUCUAAAUGGGAGGACACGACACACACGGAUGCGUGGAGACACACCAGCUUUUCGGACCUAUUUGAGGACAAGUGUCUCCCCACAUUCUCCGGAGUCGGACGCUGACUUGUCAGUGAACCAAUCCGAGUGAGGAAGAUGGAGACCGGGAUCAGGCCUCACCAGGGCGAGAUCUUCGUCCACCCGCUCUCCAACCCUGGAGCUGCGGGAAUCUGUCCCGAGAUGCUGGAGGUGGCGGAGGAGGCCACCCGGGCCGGAGACUUCGCCUUUGCUGCAGAGAUCUACAGCUCACAGCUUGCUGACCUGCAGCAGCCGGAUAGAGGCUUGUGUCUGAGGAAGGCCGACUCUCUGGCCCGGGCUGGACGCAUAUCUGAGGCGCUGGACUCUUACUGCACGGCGGCCAGUCUUUGUAAACUACGGCCGGAGGAGCUUCCACUCCUGGUGGAAACCAUCGCCCGGACUGUGCGCGAGAAGGAGCUGGGCCUCACUGGGACAAUAAACGGCCACUGUAUAAGCAGCAGCAGUAGUAGUGGGGAAGAUGGGUUUGAAAGUAGUGGGGAAUGUGAAGAAGACGAAGCCCUGGACUUGUUCUCCUGUCGCCUCUGCAAGUGUCUCCUCCACGAGCCCACCACCGUGGAGUGUGGACACACUUUCUGCAAGCACUGCUUGGACGACGAGGCCGUCGCAGACUGCGUGCAGUGCCGGAACAAGCUGCCGAGUGCGCGUCGGGUCAACGUGGUUCUCAGCGGGCUGUUGGACAAACUGUUUGCAACCGAGAGCAAAGCUCGUGGCCUGUGGCUGGAAGGAGAGGUGCUGUGGAAAAAACAGAGCCUCUCUGAUGCUCUGGAGAAGUACAAUGCUGCCGUGGAUCUAGCGCCCUCCUCAGGUCGACUGCUGUCUCAGCGCGCCGAGCUGCACAUGGAGAUGAGGAGCUUCAGUCAGGCGGCGCAGGACGCCGGCAGCCUCUGCACAACUAAACCACUCUGGACUAAAGCUCAUUAUCUCAAAGCCACAGCGCUGACUAAAGCAGGUCGCCAUGACGAAGCCUUACAGGAGUACAUCCUGUGUGUGGCGCUAAAGCCCAACUGGACCAAAGUCAAACUGGAAGCUCAGAAGGUCCUCAGCGAGCUCUUCUCGUCCGUGUUCGAGAGCGAGGAGCUGACGACGCCGCUGCAUCCUCUGCAGGGAGGGUUGGCCACGCGCCUCAUCAAACCCGCGGCUCUGCUCAUGUCCCUGAGGCCGCUCACGCAGAAACCAGGCUCCUCCUCCUUGUCCUCCUCCUCCUCCUCACAGGACUCAGAGUUCAGUGUGACUAAAAACGCCCCCGUGGACAACUCGUCCUCCAGAUUCCCGACCAGCAAAUCAGACCCGGCUGCAGACGAGGGCUCCACCAAGAGCCUCACCAACGUUCUGGCAGCACUCAGGGCGCCCCCCAGUGGCCUUAAGAGGAAACUCGGCAGUGACGGACCCUCGGCGACCUUCAACCCGCCAUCCAAACUCCACAGACCUGACGAGGGGAGUGGCGCUCAAAGUGUCCCUGUGAGAGGAGGAAGGACGUUUCCUGCUGAGCUGCUGGACAGUGGAGACAUGGAAUGUUCACUCUGCAUGAGGUUGUUCUACGAGCCCGUGGCCACUCCGUGUGGACACACUUUCUGCCUCAAAUGUCUCGAGCGAUGCCUGGACCACAACCACAACUGUCCUCUGUGCAAGGAGAAUCUGUCUGAGUAUCUGGCCACCAGGGGCUACAACAAAACCCUGCUGAUGGAGGAAGUGCUGCAGCGUUACCUAGGAGACGAGCUGGCAGAGAGGAAGAAGAUCCACGAAGAGGAGAUGAAGGAGUUGUCCAAUUUGAACCAGGAAGUGCCGAUCUUUGUGUGCACCAUGGCCUUCCCCACCAUCCCCUGUCCUCUGCACGUGUUUGAGCCUCGCUAUCGUCUCAUGAUCAGACGAUCCAUGGAGACGGGGACUAAACAGUUUGGCAUGUGCAUUUCUGAUGAACUCAAGGGAUUCGCUGACUACGGCUGUAUGCUGCAGGUGCGAGACGUGAAGUUCUUUCCAGACGGUCGCUCUGUGGUCGACACCAUCGGCGGGUCUCGCUUCAAGGUCGUCAGUCACGGACAGAGAGACGGAUACAACACGGCCAAGAUCGAGUACCUGGAAGACAAAAAGGUGGAGGGCGAGGAGCUGACGGAGCUGCUGAAGCUGCACGACGCUGUGUACGAUCAGGCCAACAACUGGUUCACGUCGCUGAAGGACAACAUGAAGAGUCAGAUACACAGCCACUUCGGUCACCUGCCCGGCAGAGACCCCGACCCACAGUCCAGUCCCAGCGGUCCGGCGUGGGCCUGGUGGCUGCUCGCCGUCCUCCCCCUGGAGAACCGAGCACAGCUCACCAUCCUGUCCAUGACGUCGCUCAAAGGCCGGCUCCUCGCCAUCCGCAGAGUCCUCAUCUUUGUCACGAGGAAGAGGACGCGGUGAUCGAUGCAGCAGACUGAGCGGGGAACUCUCGGUCUUCUAUGCAGUUCAACAACUCACUCACUCACUCAUUCAUAGGUCAUUGACGCGUGUGACUGGCUGAACUGAACUACCACAUGUUUUUUUUUUAAACCAGUGACCUCUCACCCUGUGUUUGCUCAUCCGCUUGAGUCCUGUCGCUUCCAUUUCGGUCUCGUCUGGAUGAUAUUUUUUCCUCCACUCAACUCUGAAUGAUCAAAAACCACAUCGUGACUCAGCACAUGGAGCCAACCUGUAGCUGCUGUGAAUGUGUGUGUGUGAAUGAGUGAAUGAGGCGGACGUUACGGAGGUUUACGAGUGCAGGUCAUUCACCGCGUUACAGAUACAAACACAGUUUGAGCCGGAGGACGAGCCUGAGCUUCACUGGAUGCGUCUUUGUCGCAGGAAACGUGACUUUCUCUUCAGAGUACGCACUGAUCGAGCUUUACGGUCGUUAUCAAGAUAAUCGCGAACGAGGAAACCUAACAACACACAAAUAAAUAAAUUGUGUUAUUUUUACACUUGUAACAUAUUUCUGUGACGCUACGUUCGUUUUUGGUCACGUGAAUAAUGUUUUUCAUCAGUUUCCAGAGGAUUUCAGAGUCAGAGUCGGCAGGAAAUUCCAACAAAUCAUUUUGUGCAUCAUUAUGUGCGAGGCUUAGCUUUUGCCAAAGUCGUGUUCCGGUGCAUCCAGUGAGGCUCAGGACCAAGUUCAGAAAAGCAGAAAUCACCUGUUGUUACAUAAACAAAGCAGUAUUUUUUUUACUUGAGCUGUGACAAAAUAGUAAUAAGUAAACAAAGCGUCCUGUUACAAACGAGCUGGCACAAAAAACACCAACUUCACCAUUGAACUAUGAAGCAAACACUCCUGAACACACAUGUGAAUGUACUUUUAUUCUCUCGCUCUCUUCACUACAUGGACGGAGUCGUGCUGAACAGCGUCUGCGUCACUUGAAAUCUUCCUGCCUGAGCCAAAAUUCACCUUUUUACACAAAAACAAACAAACCAACCCUGGCAGCCGCCUCAGCCGGCAGCAGCGUGUACCUCAUCGUCUGAUGGAUAAGUGGUGAGACUCCAGACUCAUGUCCCCCACCGUCCCCCGUCCUUCACCCUCCCUGUGAACAAACUGUCCACAACACUGUGCUCCACAUGUCCUGAAAGACGACGUAGAAGAAGCUUUGUCCUCUCGGAUUCACCGGAUCUGGAUUGUUUUAUUCUGUCCUGUUGUAGCAGAACUCUGGACUUAAACUACAGACUUGGUUUUAGUUUUGUUUUCCUUUUUUUUUUAUUUGUUUGUUUAUAUUCUCUUAACUAUGAACCUGAAGUGUAAAUGUGUGGUGAACUUUUGAAGUUGGGUGAUUUCUAUGUAUAUCAAUGUUACUCUGAGGCCUUUUUAAUGUUUUAUUUAAGAAAAACUGUCUCUCUUUCUUUCUUUCUUUCUCUCUCUCUCUCUGUCCCUUGAAUUUCUUCUCUCCCAGUGCAUUUGAACGCAUCACAUCUCAGUCACCGCGCUCUGAAGUAGACGUCAAAGUGUUUCUCACCAAGACACAGAAUGAAUCCUCAACUGUGUGUGUAAAAAAUGGACGUAGUGAAGCCCGCGAAGUAGUAUUUGACCACCAGGGGGCGACUGUAAGAAUUUGAAUGCAAGUCGAUGAGACAAUAAGCUUUAGUUUCAACUUCCGCAAGAGAAAAGUGGUGUCCGUUUUGGAAAAUAUGUUUACAUUUUUAAGGAAAAUGAACGUCACAUAUGAGAGGACCCACUUUUCAAUAACAAUCCUGCGAAUUUCGUUGUAACUUUGUGACAAAUUUACGUUUGUAAACCCUAACCCGUUUGUUAUUUAUUUUGAACCGGUAAACAAAUUAUUUCUAUAAAAAUGUCAUUUUAGACAUGUUAUUAAAAAACAUGACACUUUGUUUGGGGACCGCAAAAAAAGUCUCCCUCGACCCAUCUGACGAUCCCUUAGCCACUGUUUGGGAACCCCUGCACUAUGUACUACCUCCGUUUUAAUUCACCCUCUCGUUAUCGUUGUUUGUUUUCUAUUUUUAACUCAAUGUUGUCACUACGAUAAAAACAUGAUCGCGAACAUGUUUUGUCUCUAAAAUGCGACUUUUUAAUUUUAUGACCAUGUUUAGAGCACCUUUGUUUCUGUUUUUCCCCUGUACGUUUGAGUUCCAGAUUUUGUUUUGGAACCAAUACACGAUCUUCAUUACCAUUUUUUUUGUUUGUCAAAAUUAAAGUGGCUAUUUCUCAAACGGCUCAAGUGUAGCGAACUGCAAAUGCUGCGAUUUUAGGAUAGUCCUCAUGUAGUAGAUUUGACUCUGGGUUUACGAUUUAACUGUCAUCUGUCAUAAAUGUUGGUCUUUGUCUCUGCGUUUUAAAGCAGUGGUUCUAAAAGACUGGGUCGGGACCCAGAUAUGGGUUGCAGGAAAAAUCUAUGGGUCCCUAAGGAGAUGAAAAUGUAGUUAAUUAACUAAACUUUCAGUUACUAAUUCGGAAUGAUACGACUUUGCAUAGAAAGUUUCAGAAACACUCGUAUAUCAUGUUUUAUUUUAAGCUUUAUACGAAGGGAUUUUUACUCUGAAUCCCGACUUUAAAACUACAUUUUGAGUUAAAUUUAAAAUAUCAGACAGAACAAAAUCGCAAACACCUCGUUGCCUCAAGUUUUUUGUGAGUUAGUAAAUUGUGUAAAUAUGGUUGUUAACACUUUUAUAAGUUGUUAAAUACUCAAGAAACUCAUUAUUGACAGGUUUUUAUUGAAAAAAAAUAAAAAUGAAAAUAAAAUUUUUAGAUUCAUUGUCUCACUAUUUGGCAAGACCACGUUUCUGCUUGCAACCCUCAAUUUAUUUUCUUACACAUUUUCUCCGACUGUAACAAAUGACUUAUGAGCUCAUUGUUAUGAGUAAAACAUUGAUAGAUAUUUGAUCAGUUACGACACCAUUUUGAUGUUUAUUACACGUUAAUAACCUAAUUAUAAACAUGCAUAGUCGUUUAUAAAGGUUUUCUUUCCUUAAAGUCGUACCCAGCUCUGUUUUGAAACCACUAAACAUUUAGCUGCUGUUGUAAACAUCGCAGGUUUCGGGUGAUUCCGAACAUCGGCCUCCGUGCGCGAGGAUCCUUUUUGUUCUGAUGGGAAACUUUAUCGAAACUUUAUCGUGAACAUUUUCUCGAGGGAAUCAUCAACGAGUCAAAGUCGUAGUUUGUAGAACAGCUGUGUGAUUUAUUAGCGCGAGUGUGUGUGUGUGUGUGUGUGUGUGCGUGCGUGAAAAUGUAACUGGGUCUCCUGUAAAAUUCUGUUCCUUCCAGAUGUUUGUGAGUCCACUGCAGUCGCUGGCUCUGCACAGCAGGGGGAGCUGUGUUGACAAUGUGCUGCAUUUCCCUUGGUUUUGUUGCGGAGGGGAGAUAUUGAUACCUAUUUUUUAUGGAAAAUAAAGAAAGUCACAUAUUAA